CCUUUCCUUCCCUCCAUAUCUCUCUCCCAUCUCUCUCUCUCUCUAAGCAAUCGCCAUGGAUCCUGUAAAUGAAUGGGGAAACACUCCUCUGAACGUCGUCGACGAAGAGAUCUACAAUCUAAUCGAAAAAGAGAAACGCCGUCAAUCCCACGGCAUUGAGCUAAUCGCCUCCGAAAAUUUCACCUCAUUCGCCGUCAUCCAAGCUCUCGGCAGCCCUCUAACAAACAAAUACUCUGAAGGAAUGCCCGGUAAUCGUUACUACGGUGGCAACGAAUUCAUCGACGAAAUCGAAAACCUUUGUCGUAGUCGCGCUCUUCAAGUUUACCGUCUUGAUCCCACCAAAUGGGGCGUUAAUGUUCAACCAUAUUCAGGAAGUCCUGCUAAUUUCGCUGCUUAUACAGCAAUUCUUAAUCCACAUGAUCGAAUCAUGGGAUUGGAUUUACCGUCUGGUGGACAUUUGACACAUGGGUAUUAUACAUCAGGUGGGAAGAAGAUAUCCGCAACUUCGAUUUACUUUGAGAGUUUGCCUUAUAAGGUUGAUUUCUCAACUGGGUAUAUUGAUUAUGAUAAAUUGGAGGAGAAAGCUUUGGAUUUUAGACCGAAAUUGAUUAUUUGUGGUGGAAGUGCUUAUCCAAGGGAUUGGGAAUAUGCUAAGCUUAGAUCUGUUGCUGAUAAAUGCGGUGCGAUGUUGCUUUGCGAUAUGGCUCACAUCAGUGGCCUAGUUGCAGCUCAGGAAGCUGCGAAUCCGUUUAGUUAUUGUGACAUUGUGACAACGACAACACAUAAGAGUUUGAGAGGUCCUAGAGCUGGAAUGAUCUUUUACAGGAAAGGACCUAAGCCAGAAAAGAAAGGUCAGGCAGCGGAUGCGGUUUAUGAUUAUGAAGACAGGAUUAAUUUCGCUGUUUUCCCAUCACUUCAAGGUGGACCACAUAAUCAUCAGAUUGGUGCUUUGGCUGUUGCUCUUAAACAAGCUAUGUCACCUGGAUUCAAAGCUUAUGCUAAGCAGGUAAAGGCAAAUGCAGUUGCCUUGGGAAAAUACUUAAUGAGUAAAGACUAUAAGCUUGUGACCGAAGGAACUGAUAAUCAUCUUGUUCUAUGGGAUCUUCGUCCUCUAGGAUUGACUGGUAAUAAGGUUGAGAAGCUUUGUGAUGUCUGCAACAUAACUGUGAACAAGAAUGCUGUGUUUGGUGACAGCAGUGCUUUGGCUCCAGGAGGGGUUAGAAUUGGUACUCCAGCAAUGACAUCGAGGGGUUUGGUGGAGAAAGAUUUUGAACAAAUCGGAGAAUUCCUCCAUCGUUCAGUGACGCUUACUCUUAAGAUUCAGAACGAGCAUGGGAAACUACUCAAGGACUUUAACAAGGGCUUGGUAAACAACGAGGAACUUGCCCAGCUUAAGGAAGAUGUCGAGAAAUUCUCAGCCUCUUUUGACAUGCCUGGUUUCUUGAUGUCCGAGAUGAAGUACAAGGAUUAGUUGAUCAAGAUUAAGAUCAAGGUUCUUUCAAGAAACAAUUAAAUUCUUUUUUUGUGUGUUUUGGUUCAUGAAAAUUCCCUGCCAAUUUUCUAAAUAAAAUUAUUAUUGUUUACCCUUUAUGGGUCAUGAGCUUCCACUAAACAUCAUAAAUAAUUAAUUCCAGAUUUUAA